UUGAAUGACUACAACGAAAAGCAAAACGAAGAAGAAUGACGAACCAACGGGACACUCGGAAGUUCCACGAAGGAGUCAAAACAGUAGCGCCGAUUGUUUUAAGAAGCCAAGUGUUAUCGGUAUGGCAGACUUGCCAUUGUAUUUAACCAAUAGUAACAUCUCACUGGGACAAACUAUGGAAACUGAUAAAAGUCCAGAAGAGGCCACGGACUUGGGUAUGGGGGCGAUGGGUGACUCAGCGGAGAGGCAGGUGAGGGUCAAGGUUCCCCGCAGGACAAUCUACUUUGCAAGUGGUGACACCUUGGAGGAGUACAGUACUGAUGAGGAGGAGGAAGAGGAAGAUCCAGGGAAGGACAAGGCUGUUGCUGUGGAUACGUCUAAAAUGACCUGGGGGCCAUACUUUUGGUUCCACCUGUGGAGAAUGAGCACCUCUACUAUCUCAGUAUGUGACUACAUGGGAGAGAAACUUGCCUCUCUGUUUGGCAUCACUACUCCUAAAUACCAGUAUGCUAUCGAUGAGUACUACCGUAUGAAGAAAGAGGAAGAGGAGGAAGAAGAGGAGAAUCGUCUGGCUGAUGAGGCAGAGCGGAGAUUCGCAGAGCAGCGCAUGGGUGGCAAGCAGGAUUGUGCUGCUCCUGAUGUUGAACAGCCUGUAGCAGCCACUUCCUUUGUAAAUGUCUCCUUUGACCACAAGCCCGAAGCUUGUCUCGGCAGCCCUGACAACAUAGUGCCUUGUUCUCUACCAUCCUGAGAACUCAGACCCAAAACCUGAUAAAAAUCCCAGACUUGUAGCAACUGAAAUGAACGCUAAUAUACUUAUUUGUAAAGAUAGAUAAUACUUUUUAUAUGUAUUUGUUUUGUUAAAACUGGAUUUACACCAUGCAGGGAAAGUUGGUGUAUUUUUCCCUGUGUUUUUUUUCUUAAUAUUUAUCAAUAUUGUUCAAUUUCCUAAUCUUUCUAUGCAUCUUGACUUGUGAAAUCAAUUCACUUUCAAACCUUUAAUUUCAAACUCCUAUAUAAUAAUUCCAUAUGCCCCAGAUGAACGUAGACUGGAUUGAGAUAAUAUUCUAAUCCUUUACAGUAUACUGCAUAUAUUUAUACUUAAACUGAUCUUUCAGGUACUCAAGUCUAAAGAAGGUUAUCAUUUUAUACUAAUUUAAUAAAGUUAUUUUCUUUUUUCCAA